CGCGUGAUUUGGGCGGAGGGAUGCCAAGUGCAGUGAACAAUGAAAUAAGCAUUACGGUAGCUGAGCUCCGACUUGGCUUGGCCUCGGGGUGGCCCAGGGUCAGUUCUGCUCAGAGAGCGGGUGUCAGGGAAGGGAAGCCUGAAUCCAGGUCUUGGAAGAGGAGCGGGGUUUUCCAGGGAAUGAGACAGAAAGCCCACUGCAGGCCGCGGACAGCUAGGCGAGGCGUGUGUCGCUCUGAGCUGGUGGGCUCUGUGCCCAUGGUGGUGGGGAUGGGAUCUGUGUGGCUGGCGAGAGGAGUUCUGUGCUGAGGGGGGUGAUCCGCGUGAGGCCUGAGCCGCAGAGGUAAGCAGGACUUGGUUUUGUGCGAGCGUUCACUCAGCCCAGGAGGAUGCCUUUCCCUGCCUUAUUUUUACCCGAGCAGUUUCGAUACAAGAGGCGAGUGUAUGCCCAGAACCUCAUCGAUGAUAAGCAGUUUGCCAAGCUUCACACGAAGGCGAACCUGAAGAAGUUCAUGGACUACGUCCAGCUGCACAGCACAGACAAGGUGGCCCGCCUGCUGGACAAGGGGCUAGACCCCAAUUUCCACGACCCUGACUCAGGAGAGUGUCCCCUGAGUCUGGCGGCCCAGCUGGACAACACCGCGGACCUGCUGAAGGUGCUGAGGAAUGGUGGUGCCCACCUGGACUUCCGCACACGCGACGGGCUCACUGCUGUGCACUGUGCCACGCGCCAGCGGAACGCGGCGGCUUUGACGACCCUGCUGGACCUGGGCGCUUCACCUGACUACAAGGACAGCCGUGGCCUGACGCCCUUGUACCACAGCGCCCUUGGGGGCGGGGACGCCCUCUGCUGUGAGCUGCUCCUCCACGACCAUGCUCAGCUGGGGACCACUGAUGAGAAUGGCUGGCAGGAGAUCCACCAGGCCUGCCGCUUUGGGCACGUGCAGCACCUGGAGCACCUCCUGUUCUACGGAGCUGACAUGGGGGCCCAGAAUGCCUCGGGGAACACGGCCCUGCACAUCUGUGCCCUCUACAACCAGGAGAGCUGUGCUCGUGUCCUGCUUUUCCGCGGCGCCAACAAGGAUGUCCGCAAUUACAACAGCCAGACCGCCUUCCAGGUGGCCAUCAUCGCGGGGAACUUUGAGCUGGCGGAGGUCAUCAAGACCCACAAAGACUCGGAUGUUGUACCAUUUAGGGAAACCCCCAGCUAUGCAAAGCGGCGGCGGCUGGCUGGCCCCAGUGGCUUGGCCUCCCCACGGCCCCUGCAGCGCUCAGCCAGUGACAUCAACCUGAAGGGCGAGGUGCAGCCGGCAGCCUCCCCGGGACCCACGCUGCGCAGCCUCCCCCACCAGCUGCUGCUCCAGCGGCUGCAGGAGAAAGACCGGGACCGUGAUGGUGACAAAGAGAACGACGUCGGUGGCACUGAAGCAGGCAGGGGCAGCCAGAGCAACAUCAGAAAGAAGGUUCCCCACCCCUGGGCUGAAAGAACAAACUUGUGGGUGUUUCCGUUUUGCAGAGGGUCGUUCCUGCUUGGAGCUGUGUGGAUGCCCUGCUUUCAUUCUUUUGAGGGCUUCUGGCACGGGGCUGCCUCUGUUCUGGGGAACCCUGUGCCUUCUCUCAGCCUGGGGUUCUCUGCCAUCACCGGGGCCCUAUCUCCGGAAAACGCCAGGAGGAUGAAGGAAGGGGAGGGAGGAAGGGUGAUGGGUGGGUGGGGAGAACCUGAGCCUGAGGUGGAGGUGGGGGCAGUGGGGGAGGCCUGGGUCCCUGUGGCCCUGCUCUGCCUGACAGCCUUUCUGGCCUCUGUCCCCCCAGUGCUCAGCAUUGGGGAGGGCGGUUUCUGGGAGGGGACCGUGAAAGGCCGCACGGGCUGGUUCCCGGCCGACUGCGUGGAGGAGGUGCAGAUGAGACAGUAUGAUACACGGCAUGAAACACGGGAGGACCGGACGAAGCGACUUUUCCGCCACUACACUGUGGGCUCCUAUGACAGCCUCACCUCUCACAGCGAUUAUGUCAUUGAUGACAAGGUGGCCAUCCUGCAGAAACGGGACCACGAGGGCUUUGGGUUCGUGCUUCGGGGGGCCAAAGCAGAGACCCCCAUCGAGGAGUUCACCCCCACACCGGCCUUCCCUGCACUUCAGUACCUCGAGUCUGUGGAUGUGGAGGGCGUGGCCUGGAGGGCCGGGCUGCGCACGGGAGACUUCCUCAUCGAGGUGAACGGGGUGAACGUGGUGAAGGUUGGACAUAAGCAGGUGGUGGCUCUGAUCCGCCAGGGCGGGAACCGUCUCGUCAUGAAGGUUGUGUCGGUGACAAGGAAGCCGGAAGAAGACGGGGCUCGACGCAGAGCCCCGCCGCCCCCCAAGAGGGCCCCCAGCACCACAUUGACCCUGCGUUCCAAGUCCAUGACGGCUGAGCUUGAGGAACUUGCCUCCAUUCGGAGAAGGAAAGGGGAGAAACUAGAUGAGAUCCUGGCGGCCGCCGCGGAGCCCGCACUGAGGCCUGACAUCGCGGAUGCUGACUCGAGGGCGGCCACCGUCAAACAGCGGCCCACCAGCCGGAGGAUCACCCCGGCCGAGAUCAGUUCACUGUUUGAGCGCCAGGGCCUCCCAGGCCCAGAGAAGCUGCCAGGCUCCCUGCGGAAGGGGAUUCCACGGACCAAGUCUGUAGGGGAGGAUGAGAAGCUGGCGUCCCUGCUGGAGGGGCGCUUCCCGCGGAGCACGUCGAUGACGCCCUCCCGGUCCCCCACUCCUGUGCACAGCCCUGACGCCGAUCGGCCUGGGCCCCUGUUUGUGGAUGUUCAAGCCCGCGACUCCGAGCGAGGAGCCCUGGCUUCCCCGGCCUUCUCUCCGAGGAGCCCCGCCUGGGUUCCGGUGCCUGCGCGCAGGGAGCCCGAGAAGGCGUCCAGGGAGGAGCGGAAGUCACCUGAGGACAAGAAGUCCAUGAUUCUCAGCGUCCUGGACACGUCCCUGCAGCGGCCCGCCGGCCUCAUUGUGGUCCACGCCACCAGCAACGGGCAGGAGGCACCCACACAGUCAGCCGUGGUGGCAGAGCCCCUGCCCAGCCCACGGGCGCAGCCCCCUGGCAGCGCCCCAAAAGAACCUGGGCCCGGCCAGGGCAGCUCGGAGGAGGAGCCAGAGCUGGUCUUUACUGUGAACCUGCCUCCCGCCCAGCUGUCCUCUAGCGACGAGGAGACCAGAGAGGAACUGGCUCGCAUUGGGCUGGUGCCACCCCCCGAAGAGUUUGCCAACGGGCUCCUUCUGACCACCACACUGCCUGGCCCAGUUCCCUCACCCGCCACGGUGCCAGGCCCGGCCUCAGGGAAGGCGAGUAGUGAGCUGCCCCCCGCCCCUGAGUCUGCAGCUGACUCGGGAGUGGAGGAGGUGGACACGCGCAGUUCCAGCGACCCCCACCUGGAGACCACGAGCACCAUCUCCACAGUGUCCAGCAUGUCCACCCUGAGCUCCGAGAGCGGGGAGCUCACUGACACCCACACCUCCUUCGCUGAUGGACACACUUUUCUACUCGAGAAGCCACCAGUGCCUCCCAAGCCCAAGCUCAAGUCCCCGCUGGGGAAGGGGCCGGUGACCUUCAGGGACCCUCUGCUGAAGCAGUCCUCGGACAGUGAGCUCAUGGCCCAGCAGCACCAUGCCGCCUCCGCCGGGCUGGCCUCUGCCGCUGGGCCUGCUCGCCCUCGCUACCUCUUCCAGAGAAGGUCCAAGCUGUGGGGGGACCCCAUGGAGAGCCGGGGGCUCCCCGGGCCCGAAGAUGACAAACCAACUGUGAUCAGUGAGCUCAGCUCCCGCCUGCAGCAGCUGAACAAAGACACACGCUCCCUGGGGGAGGAGCCGGCUGGUGGUCUGGGCGGCCUGCUGGACCCUUCUAAGAAGUCGCCCAUCGCGGCAGCUCGGCUCUUCAGCAGCCUCGGUGAGCUGAGCUCCAUCUCAGCGCAGCGCAGCCCUGGGGGCCCGGGCGAGUCCUGCCUGGCCCGAGCAGGCUACCGGCCAGCUCUGCUGCUGGGGGUGUCCCCCCAGGGCCCUUGGAGGCAGUGCCUGCCCCCUCACCAGGCUUCUGGGGGAUCCUAG